GAGCGCUGUUCAACGUUGACCGAGUCUGUCUGUCCCAAUCCCAAAGCCGAACAUCGGCCUCCAGCGCCACUGAAUCACACAUCACACUGUUCACGAACUUCUAUUACUCGACUGCUGGUAGACAGUUUUUCCAAUUAACUACUAAAACGAGGCAUGAUAUACUAAAAAGCUUCCGGUUUAGUCACAUUCAUUGUUUAGGCUCGCCGAGACCAACAGCAGAUCACCACAAGAGGCUUUAAGCGUUGUUCUUGGCAGACAGACAGCAGUCCAUCUAUGCACAUCCAUGCUUGCACUGUUUGAUACUCAGUCGACUUCUUCGUAGCCUCCAGUUUAUUGCCCUCCUUUGCAGCAGCUGCCGAUGACAAUACACACCUUGCAGCUUAUUUUUUUUUAUCUGGGUUCACUCAUGUGACAUACGGCUGUUAAAGUUUAGUGAUAACUAUAGGUCAAUGUCAGCGUCUAUAUAUAAGUUGCAUUUAUAUGUCGUGAAAGUUGCCUGUCAGAACGACUUCACAUUCCGAUCAUUUUAAGAAGAAAGAAAAAACAACAACAACAAAAUUACACUUACAAUGUCAGCCACAAUUAGGAAUAUUUAAUUGUAACUGGUCGACCGGAUUGUUGGUGUAUCCACCCGUAACGUCACCCUCCACCCAAUUUAAAGCAGGAAAAGAACAAAAUAAGAGCAAUUAAUUAAUUUUCACCUCCGCACGCGACGUCGGUUUAGAUUUUGAACUGUUUAACUGCCAGGGGGAAGAACGCGCAUGACAGCGGUGACAUUGCUGUUGACUUCAGUUGCUGUAGCAAGUAAGGAAGUGAAACUUUAUUCCAUUCGUCGAUGUUACUAUAUACACUGUUCUUGUUCCACAACUACUAAAUCCCGUCUGCAGUUGCCAGCGACCUGCUGCUAGACAUGGAACUACUUACGCAGUUUGGCCUCCUGCUAUGUGUUUGCUGUCUGGGAGUCUUCAGUACCAGAGAGUAUGCUGCCUUGAAUAAAUUAAAGUCCAAGACUCCGACCAGUGUACAGGAAGAUACAGUGGCUGCCAUGGUUCAGCGUAUUGUUGGCGACAGAGCAUCAGAUUUCAUCAUCGUUGUUGAUCCUUCUCUGGCUCCUAAUGCUCCUGACACUUUUAGGUUAGAAAUGUCAGGUGCAAAACUACAGGUGACAGGAACUUCUGGAGUGGCAGCAGCAAUGGGGUUUUACUACUAUUUGAAGCAGUUCUGUAACAGUCAGUUCACUUGGGCUGGGCAAAACAUCAACCUGACAUCUCCCUUACCGAGACUGAGCUCACCUAUCACCAUCCAGGCUGUUGAUAAAUUUCGAUAUUACCAGAAUGUGUGCACAGUCAGCUAUUCCUUUGCAUUCUGGGAUUGGAAACGCUGGGAACGUGAGAUUGACUGGAUGGCUCUGAAUGGAUUUAAUCUCCCUCUGGCCUUUACUGGACAAGAAGCAAUUUUUCAGAGGCUUUACAUGAAUAUGGGGAUUUCCUUUGAGGAUUUGGAGGGAUUCUUUGGUGGUCCAGCUUUCCUGGCAUGGUCACGUAUGGGCAACAUCCAAGGCUGGGGCGGGCCAUUGCCACAAAUGUGGAUUACCAACCAAUUGAUUUUGCAACACCAGAUUGUAAAGCGGAUGCGGGAUUUCGGCAUGAUUACUGUACUGCCAGCUUUUGCUGGCCAUGUACCAGCAGUUUUCAAAACAAUAUUUCCCAAGGCAAAUAUUUCUCAGUUUGGAUCUUGGGGAAACUUCAAUAAAACAUAUUCAUUCACAUAUUUACUGGACUUCAAUGAUCCUCUCUUUCAGGUUGUUGGAUCAAAAUUAAUUGAAUUGCUGCAAAACGAAUUUGGAGUUGACCAUAUCUACAAUGCCGAUACAUUCAAUGAAAUGAAUCCAAGCUCCAAGAAUCCUGCUUAUCUGCAGGCUGCUGGAAGAUCUGUGUUCAGUGCCAUGGAGAAAGCUGACCCUGAUGCUGUUUGGUUAAUGCAAGGUGGUACCUUCAACUUUGUUGAAUUUUGGGGACCUGAGGAGGUGAAGGCUCUUGUGACUGCUAUACCUCAGGGUCGUUUGAUCAUCUUGGAUCUGAUAUCGGAGCUGGCUCCUGUGUAUCAGCGAGUAGAGUCGUACUAUGGACAGCCAUUUAUAUGGUGUAUGCUACACAACUUCGGCGGCAACAUGGAAUUGUAUGGCGACCUGAAUAGCAUAAACUAUGGCCCUUUUCAUGGGCGGUCAUUUCCCAAUAGCACCAUGAUUGGCAUUGGGGUUACCAUGGAAGGCAUCAAUCAGAACGAGGUGGUGUAUGAAUUUAUGAAUGAGAAUGCUUGGCGAACUUCUCCGCGUAACAUCACAGACUGGAUUUCAAACUUUGUAAAACAACGCUAUGGUCGCACAACUCAUGGCAUUGACAAAGCCUGGCAGCUAUUGAAGACCAGUGUGUUUAAUUGUUCUGAUGGACACAUUGAUGUUGGUCACGUCAUUUUCACCCAGCGGCCGUCUCCAAACUACAAUGUUUUAAGUGAUCUGUGGUAUGAUCCUGAGCUUCUUUUUGCUGCUUGGGACUACUUUAUCCAAGCCAUUCCUGACUUUCUGGAAAAUGACCUUUUUCGCUAUGACCUGGUGGACAUCACUCGAAACAGUCUGCAGACAGUAACCCUUUAUUAUUACUCUAAUGCUGUCUGGGCUUUCAAGACAAAUGACAUAUUUGGUAUAAAGGAUGCUGGGAAAUUGUUGUCAGAACUACUACUUGACAUUGACACAUUGUUGGCCUCAGAUAAACGUUUUCUUUUGGGCACAUGGCUGGCGCAAGCUAAUGCUUGGGGAACAGAUGCUAAUGAACAGGCACUCCUGCGCUACAACGCUCUCAACCAGAUCACUCUCUGGGGCCCUGAUGGAGAGAUUGUGGAUUAUGCUUCUAAACAGUGGGCUGGUGUUGUAAAAGAUUACUACAAGCCACGCUGGGACUUCUUCAUUGACUAUAUUAUCCAGGUUGUUCAGAAUAUGACCCACUUUGAUGACUACAUUUUUAACGAGCUUUUGCUGGAGAAAGUAGAGAAACCUUUUACCUUCUCCACCACUAACUAUCCUACAACACCUACGGGCAAUCCAUUCCAGCUGGCACAACAGUUUCACUUAAAGUAUAGAGAGAGUGCAACACCAAACUUGCUUCAACAUCUCAAGAUGAUGUCCUACGACGCUAAACUGACAAAGUUGCCAAAAAUCAGCCGAAGUUACCAGCAUGGUUACAAUAAGUGGCGUAGAUGGCCAUCGGUCAAAUAAGUUUACAGAAACAGUAUAUAGAAAACAGAUUUGUCAUUCUCUCUUCUGUUUAGUUUUUUCAUUUUGAUGUUGAAUCUAUUAUUACUUUCAACAUUCUAUGAUUAUGUUUUGCAAGAUUAUUUGUGAAAACAUGCAAUCUUGUCAUUUUGAACCAGACUAUUCUGUGAUGCUGGCUUAGAGCUGAAACCAUUCCUGUAACAACCCCUGCCCCCAUUUGAGUUCUGUGCCCCUUCAGCUAAGAUGCUAGUCUCAUGCAUGUUGCUUGUGUCGAUGAAAUGUAUGUUGCUUGUGUCGAUGUUUUCACAUUUGUUUUAAUGUUGUGUGUUUAAGAUAAAAUUGCUGUGCUGGAUGUCAGGCACCACAUGUACAUGAAAGAUUUCAUGAUAAUUUGUAAACACUUGUGUUAACAGGGUAAGGAAAAGGUGUACACAAAUCUUUAUUUCACUGCAGCAGGUAUUUAAAAAAAACACCAAAAGCACACAGCUUGAAGCAAGAUCCAGCCCUCCCUCUCAAUUUUCUAAAAAACAUGGGCUAGACAUAGGUGAAACUUUACUAGAAGCAUAUGCAGCCAUAUAUAGUGCUAUGGAAUGUAGGUCUUGCUACAAGUGUUGUGUAUUUUAUAUUUUCACCACACAUUUUCACCCUGGUGCGCACACUUUGGUUACAAACAUCAGAUCCUGACGAAAAUAUGGCACACAUAAAAAAGUAGCAAUCCUUUGAAAUAAACAUCUACUACUAAA